AUGCCACCUCAGCUGCGACAUCAUCAGUCCAGCAACAUGUCGUUGUUCGGCCUGUUCAGCAAAUCCAAGGUUGAGAAGCUCCGUGGUUAUGCAGAGCCAGGUCUUGACGCACCCUUCCAUCCGCCACGUGCUUCGUCGAACAGCGAGACCUGCGACUCGAAGCAGGAUAUCAUCACACGUCUACAAACCACGGAAGCGGAGCAAGGGCAGGUUCGUCCUACCACCUCACGCUCUUACACCUCGCGAGCUGCUCGCUUGAUCUCCAAGGAGCCUUCGCUCCCACAGCUGUCUGGUGAACAACGGUUACGAGCGUUCGACCCACCGCCUUUGUUUCAGGUCUGGCCACAAAGCACCAACUAUGGCACUCUGCAAACCACAACUCCUGCUCCCGAGGUUCGUUCAACAUCACCCAAGAGCCGACUAUCUAGCAAAAUUUUCCUUCCUGGAAGCGACAAUUCAGCACUGCAGAUCCCAGGAAACAGAGCAAGCAUCGAUUCGAGAGCGACGAUCAAGACUCAGCUUCGACCCCUUCCGAGCGGCUCUUCCUCUCAACCAAUCCUGUCCAGGAAGCUCAUUGUCCUAGUGACCUCUGGCUACCUACUCCAAUACGCAGAAACUGGGCCGAACGACCGUUUACCUGAGAAGAUUCUGGAGUUGGGCAAGGAUUCGGCAGCAUACGCCAGCGACCUGAUACCUGGAAAGUACCACGUACUUCAAAUCUCUCAGGCAGUCGAUCAAAGAGGCGUCGCCGUGGCAGCCUCCCACUCCCUCUUUUCUAAGAUUGGACUUCGAAAAAAUGCAACUCGUCGGACGGCUUCAGACUUCCUGCUCGUCAUGUCUGAUGCCGAUGAAAUGGCUGAGUGGAUGACCGCCAUUCGAAAAGAGAUCGAGAGCCAAGGCGGCAAGCGAGCACGAUGCGAUUCCUCAACGUCAAGGCCAAGGGGCAGUCACCCACCCAAGAUCGAUCUCGAAAAGACGCCUAGCCAGAGUCACCGGUACAACGUCAGGCGUAAUCCCAACGGACCCUCAACAGUAUCUACACCAACUCUGGAGAGGUUCCCGUCGACACUGACACUGCAACUUCGCACGGAGCAGGAUUCAAAGCCAUCGAUUGAGGCUCACACUGAAGAGACGGUAGCACUCGAUAGCAAGCAAGAACAGCAAGGGGUGGAAGGUGAUAUCGCAGCGACCAGACCGCGAGCGGGAUCCGAUGUGCCGUCUUUCAGCUCUUCCGCUGACGUUGCGGUUGAGCAACAGCAACUAGAGAAGCUGCGCAACAGCACACGCAUAUCUCAUACCUCUACUGCGGCCACCAGCGUGACAGCCGCCUCACGGACGAACUCGAUGACUUCCUCGCCCUCUGAGUACUCGAAAGACAGUUGUGAAGGUGCGAGGGACGGUAGCUUCGGCAAACCGCCAUUUCGCAAUCUCUCGUCGUACAGCUUGCUCAAAAGACGAUCUGCCGCGCCUCUCACAUUCAAAGACUGCCCCGUACCCGAAAUCAGUGCUCCACCGCACCCGCACCCAAACUUUGCGUCAAAUGAGGGAUCUCUCGACUCACCAGUGAUUGGCUAUGGGUCUUCUUAUCCUGAGCCUACUGCCUCGCCUAAGAACAACCGAUUGUCAAGCUCACAGAGCUUGCCUAAUUUCACAUCGACAAUGGGAGCGAAGCGAGAUUCGAAAAUGGCCAUGGCUACAGCAACGCCACCGGAAGAGCGGCCGCAAUCGUUCAUCGCCGAUCUUCCCAGCCAAUGCAAUUGGACCAGCAGGCCUUUGCCUAACCAGAGGGCCUCCGCCAUGCCCUUCGCCCCUCUACCCGAGACGUCUCCCACUGGAGAAGGAAAGCAGUUGACCACUGUAGCAAAGCCUCGUACUUCGCCAACGUCAAGACCUUCGCCAAACUCAAGACCGCUCUGGAGCGGCUCGCAAUCUUUCAGCUUGCCGCUGCGAGUGAACUCCACCGAUUCGCAAGCCUUGCGGUCUCCAAAGCGUACUCCUCCAGCCGAACAAGAAGAGCGUGUAAUUUCGCCAAUUCCUGCUGUUACUUGCUUGACCGCCAAAGUUGAUUUUGGGCCCCGGACGACCAUCAACGCAUCACACAUGCCUCAGCGAAGGUCCUCGAGCGCGAACUCCCCGCAUCGUGAAGGCAGUGGCAAGCAGCGGCCUCUGAAGCUCUCGUUGUUUCCAAGCGCGCAGAUGCAGCCGCCUCCACCUAUUAUGGCCCGCAUUGGGGUCCUGAGCCCGUCGGCAUCAUCUACUGUGCGGGCGGCCCUCACACAAAGCCGGACUGCAGGCCAGACAGGAGGAGGUAAACUUAGUCGUCCUGCCAGCCUGCAGGUCCGCGCAACUCACGCUCCUUUCCUGUCGAGUGUUCGCAGUAGCGCGAUGUCUAACAGCAAUGUAUGCUCCACGACAACAGCACCCAUUCGUGGUCUGAGGCCAUCACGCUCUGUCGCCACGAUGCAGACCACCCAAAUAUCAGCACCUUCGACGGGAUUCGACUUCGGAACAAGCGAUAGACUCGCAGAAGAGGCGACUGACGAGGCCAAGCCCCUGCCAGAGCGAUGCAUCUCACCAGCCAUUGUGGGCAACGCUGUUCCUCGUCCAUCUUCACGCAACAAUCGCACUUCGCUACUCAACAGGGACUAUGGUCUUCCCUUGUCAGCAUUUGGACCACCAGCUCCGCCACCAUCUGCGCCCCUGCCAGAGAUUCCGGGUGGACAGAACCGGCUCUCUAUGGUCCGCAGCGGCACGCCAAUCGGUCUUGCGAUUGGCGAUGCGCUCGAUGAACAUUCUCCCCAGAAAGAGAACCAUCUUCAUCGGAUGGGCCUUGGUAUUAAGGUUGGCGCCGACGGAGGUCCAUGA